UACAGCCCGGCUCAAGCUAAUGAUUAAGAGAGCGUGUCGGAGUAGCUGAACAACGGCUCGUGUCCGAUGCAGCGUUACGACCGAAUCCCUUCCAUACGUACCGCGAACCCUCGGUUCAGCCGAGGCCCUUGGUCUCUGAAUUUAUCUCCUGCGUCGGUGUGCGGAGAUGGUUAUUUGGUAGUUAGCCACCUCCGCUUCGACUCCUCCUUCAUGUACCGUAUCCCAGGGGGUGCAUCUCGAAACGAUAUUCGAGGCCCUAUGCGGUGGUCACCUGUCCGUCACGUAACCGCGCCGUACCAAAGAAGAAGAAGAAGAAGAAGAGAGAAACGAAACGAAACGAAGAUGUCCAACGAAAGAAGAGGAUCGCGAACCACGCGACACCGACCCUCGGAGAGCGGCUUUCAAUCAGUCACUACGGCGGCUAAUUCGUCGCAGUUCUCAUUCAACUUCCAACCACGAAGGGCAGGAGUUAUACAUGGCAUCGUACAAUUCGUUCACAGGUAUCCGGAGAUGCUGCCGCCGUAGCUGCUGUUUGACCGGACUCCCCCUGUUCAUCGGGGGGAGUCCACCGUCCCCUGGGACUGCGCGGCCUCCCACCGCCCCCGGGGUCCCAGGGGACCCGGUCCCCGAGGACAUGUCUUCGGGGAUGCGGUA